AUGCUAUUCACUGGAACCCACAGUUCCGACCGGGCCCCGGAACCCACAGUUCCGACCGGGCCCCGGAACCCACAGUUCCGACCGGGCCCCGGAACCCACAGUUCCGACCGGGCCCCGGAUCCCACAGUUCCGACCGGGCCCCGGAUCCCACAGUUCCGACCGGGCCCCGGAUCCCACAGUUCCGACCGGGCCCCGGAUCCCACAGUUCCGACCGGGCCCCGGAACCCACAGUUCCGACCGGGCCCCGGAACCCACAGGUUAGAAGUCCAAAAAGCUCCCUACCCACGGCCCGCCGGGUCACUCCCCCCUCCCACGGCCCGCCGGGUCACUCCCCCCUCCCACGGCCCGCCGGGUCACUCCCCCCUCCCACGGCCCGCCGGGUCACUCCCCCCUCCCACGGCCCGCCGGGUCACUCCCCCCUCCCACGGCCCGCCGGUCAUUCCCCCCUCCCACGGCCCGCCGGUCAGUCCCCCCUCCCACGGCCCACCGGUCAUUCCCCCCUCCCACGGCCCGCCGGUCAUUCCCCCCUCCCACGGCCCACCGGUCACUCCCCCCUCCCACGGCCCACCGGUCAGUCCCCCCUCCCACGGCCCGCCGGGUCAGUCCCCCCUCCCACGGCCCGCCGGGUCAUUCCCCCCUCCCACGGCCAGCCGGGUCAGUCCCCCCUCCCACGGCCCGCCGGGUCAUUCCCCCCUCCCACGGCCAGCCGGGUCAGUCCCCCCUCCCACGGCCAGCCGGGUCAGUCCCCCCUCCCACGGCCCGCCGGGUCAGUCCCCCCUCCCACGGCCAGCCGGGUCAGUCCCCCCUCCCACGGCCAGCCGGGUCAGUCCCCCCUCCCACGGCCAGCCGGGUCAGUCCCCCCUCCCACGGCCCGCCGGGUCAGUCCCCCCUCCCACGGCCCGCCGGGUCAGUCCCCCCUCCCACGGCCAGCCGGGUCACUCCCCCCUCCCACGGCCCACCGAGCGGGGGAGGAAAGGAGGCAAGGGACAGAGCGGAGGAGGAAAGGAGGCAAGGGACGGAGCGGGGGAGGAAAGGAGGCAAGGGACAGAGCGGAGGAGGAAAGGAGGCAAGGGACGGAGCGGAGGAGGAAAGGAGGCAAGGGACGGAGCGGAGGAGGAAACAGACAUCCAACACGCCUCUAGAACAAGACCGUGGAACGGCAACACGACAGCAACACAAUCAAGAUAG